GUCCAAACUUGACUCCGCUUGUUACAAGGACAGGAAACAGACUCUCACUGUCAAAUUAUUGUCGCAGCAUCUGUACAGAUGACGUUUUGAUUGGCUGCGAAAUACACUGACGAAACCUCAGGUGAAACAACAAGAUAAUCCACGAGAAAAAAAAAAGUGCAUUUAACUCAGGGAUAGGAGUCAGGGCUAAAUCUGUCAUACCGGAAAUACGGAUUUGUUACUAGUGAAUUGCGUUAGAUCGGGAAAAGAACAGUACAAACUGAAGGAAAGAAACUGCGCCGUAGAUUUGUAUAAGCCUAUAUUUGAUUGCAGCGCUCCAACAAGUUAGUUUGUGGACAGUUGCGAGAAAUACCUCUGCCACCGAAGCGUUUCAGAAGAGACGAUAACGCGCAUGUAUCUACAUACGUCUCUUUAAUGCACGUGCGCAUUGACCGGAACUACGACUCGCCUUUUAUUUGCCCAACAAAAACUCAAUAUUGAUGGCACGCCUGAGUUAGUUUAAAAAGGGGCACUGCGAUUUCAGUUGACGGCGACAGAGAAAAUAGUCGUGUGAAGCUUGAGAAAUAUAGGCCCAGGACAUUUUGCCUCCUGUCAGAGGGACACCUCUAGCUUAAGGAGUUCGGUUGAGGUGGCAGAGGUCACAGGUUGUGUGUUGAUUACCAUCGCGCUGCCUAUAUACACACCGGACUUACCACGUGCGGUGAAAUAACACGUGUUAGUGGGGUCUUUCUGGAGUACACAAACUGGUUACCGUUGUGGUGAUUUACGAAAACAUUCAAGAUGGCCAAAAAUCUGAUGUGUGCUUUCUUUUUGAUUGCUCUGACUUAUAGUUUGUGUCACUCGGCGUCAAUAUCUGAGGAAAAAAUCGAAGCCAAAACAGAUGUCAGAAGUAAGAGGACGGCAGACAAGAUCAGUGAUCUUAAAACAAAGCUUGCGCAGCUCCAGAAAUUGUUAGACGAUAUUGACAAAGACAAAAGUACAAAGGCGUCCACGCCCACCCCGGAAGCAACGACACCUGCGCCUCACUCGGAAAAAAUUGACACGGAAAAAGGGGAGAAUACUCUGUCUCAAGCAGACCUUCUGCUUCUGAAGAGUCUGAAAACUGCUAUGGAAAAUAUGCACGAUGAAGGAAAGGUACACAAGAAAGAAACUGUAGAUUUGGGGCACUUUUACGAGGCACCUUUGGGGGAUCCAGAGAACCAGGCAGAUGACAAAAGAACCGUACAUGAUAAGUUUUACCCUCAAGAUCCAAGUCAGUCCUUUCGCCUGCCUCAAGACGGGAUUCCUGCGAAGAGAACGAACAUCAAACCUUUUAUGGACACGAAAAAUGGUCAUUUUGAGGAAUUCUCCGAAGACAGAUCAGAGUUUUUAGAGAAGGUCGUCUACAGGCUGCUCUCUGACCUUGACCUUGCAUUGAGGAAUGGUAUAUCGGUGGAAGAUAUAAUCAAGUAUUUGUACGAAACGGAAGAAGCUGCCCGAAAAAAGCAACAGGGAAAUCGAAUAGAAGAAGAGGAAAGGCAACUAAGAGCUCUACUCAACAAAGAGCCCGCCCCACGUGACUAGACAGAUUUCCUCUUCGGGCCGUCGUAACAGCCAGUCGUUGUCAGCGUAACAACGGGGUUCGGUACUUCGACAAAACUUACUCGUCUGACCGCUGGCUAUGUGGAAUUUUGCAUUUAUUUGUAUAAAUUAUACAACUUUUCUGAAAUAAGUGGUUUUCUGUUCAGCUGAAAAAAAAAAUGUUUUAGGAAGCAUUUGUGAUGUUGGGAGAACUUAAUACACGUUGUGUUUCGUACUGCAUUAUUACCAUUUUGGUUUGAUAUACGUCUCGUCAAAGGACUUGUGUAUACAUAUCAAAUUCUAAUGUAUAGUCUAAUGUGUAGUGCUAACAUUUAAUUUAUGCAUUUUACCGAACAAUGUAUAUGACGUAUUUAAGUGCUCCACUUUCCAUUCUUUGUUGUGUAAAUUGCUUGAAUACUAAAAUGAUUUGUAAUAUGUUCACUCUGUUUUCCUUACAGCGCGUUUUUUCAUAGCCCUUGACAUUGUGUAAAGAUUCAACUGGAUAACUAGCAGAUAAACCGCAUUUCUGGGCUUUCUUCGCAUUCAAUGGCUUUAAUAUUCCAAUAAUAUGUAAUAUGUUCACUGUUUUUACCACAGCGCGUUUAUUUCGUAGCACUUGCAUUUUUGUAAAGACUCCAUUUGGUAAAUGGCAAAUAAACAGAAUUUUUGUGUUUUUAUUCACAAAUGGUAAAUAAACAGAA